AUGGCCCGCAAGAGCAAGAAGGGCGGCGUGAGCAGGAAGCCGCCCCGCCCCGCGGGGUGUGCGGCGCCGCCGCCGACCAACGCGGACUGGGAGGACGCCGCCGUCGCCUUCCGGAAGGAGGCCGAGUCCGCGAUCCGCGCCCGGUCCCACGACGACGGCUGCGCCGCGGCGGCGGCGGCGGCCCGCCUCGCGGAGCGCCACCCGGCGUCGCCCCUGGCGCACCACAUCCUGGGCUACGCGCGCGCCUCGAUCGCGCUCACGGGCGACGCGGCUCUCCCUGUUGGCCUUGUGGACAAGGUCAUCAACUUUGCGAGGAGGAGGUCCAAGAAACCAUUGCCAUAUUGCAUUCCUUCCUGUGUCACCUCAUUGGACUCCAUGGAAAUUCAGAGACUCGAUAAACCAUUGGACCAGCUUUAUAAUCAUUUAUCCAGAGGCUGGGAAUUCGUGAGGAUUUUGGGUGAUGAAGGGAAGAACGAGGGAGGUCGUUCUGAUAUCAUAUCUCUGGUUCAAGAUGGGAGCUUAUUAUCUUUGGACGCUGAGAAUGUUGCUUCAUCAAGAAAAAAGGAUGGUUCUUGCGAGGAGGAUGCGCUGUUUAGAUGGCUGUUAAAUUCUCUGGAAGAGGUUGCGAUGCCAUGGGCCAGCUUGAGGCAGAAGUGUGUCCAUCAUGGAAACGAAGUCCUGGAAAAGAUAUAUGGAAUAUCAGAUUUAUUGCUGAGACAAUUUGAUAUGAAGUGUGCUGCAAAGAAGAAAAAUCAUAGGGGUUAUUCCCUUACAGAGGUCCUUACUUUGCAUGUUAAUGGAGUACGUCUUCAAGUACAAGGUAACAUUAGGCAGGUCAAGAGCAUACAGUUCAUGCAGCUGCCGAACCUGAAACUUGUCGACAAGAGCACCGUGCAAGUGGAGUUCGACAAGAAGGAUGACAAGGGGUUUGUGAAGGAAGCACUAGAGAGGCUUUAUGGUUGA